CUCAAAGUCAAGGUCUCUUAUCUUGCUGACUUAGCUUCCCCACAUUAAUUUCGAUAACAUGACCUCAACUUGGAGCGCAGGGUUGACACUUCAUGAUAAUUACUGUACCAAGUAACUACACAGAUGCACAUACAUCUGUGCCGUGUUGAUUGACGAGGGCUCAACAUGGAGGGCACGCACAACGGCCUAGAAGCCCCCUUACCAGGAGCGCAUCGUAAGCCGCAACGCAAGUCGGCCAUACUAGCGCUUUUGGCUUUGCUGCUACUAGUCAAUCUAGCUACCAGCCUUUACCAACUUCCUCUGAACCGCUUGAUCGAGAGACGCCUCUGUCUAGACUACUACAGUGUCCAUGACCCUUCUAUCAUCGACGACGAUGGGAAAAUCGAUGAAAGGCUUUGCAAAGGGGUUGAUGCUGUGCAGCAGGGUCUAGCAUGGACUAUGGGAAUGGUGGAUACUUUGUGGAUUGUUGGUGAUUUUGUAAUGACUAUUCCCCUGGGCUUCGUCGCCGAAAAGUAUGGCCGAAGAACAGUACUCUGGCUUAAUCUCAUCCCAAGACUAUUCAUGCUGGUUUGGAUUGUCAUAGUGGGCUAUUUUGAAGACAGCCUACCCCUGAGGGCCAUCGUUGUCGGCCCGAGUCUUUCCAUCCUCGGUGGUGAUUGCGUAUUUAAUUCCAUUGUUUAUGCGCUCGCCGCUGGUUUGACGGAUGAUAAUGUAGUUAGGGCGACAUACUUUAGCUGGACAAAUGCUGUAUCUUAUGUUGUGACCUUCGUUGGCCCAGGUCUCGCUGGCGCAACUAUGACCUUAAACUUGCUCCUACCAUUUUGGAUCAGCAUAUGCUUAUUGGUCUUGGCCAUCCCCACCAUCUCACUCAUCGAGGACCCCGCGCGUAAAGCGUCAGAAGUAGAGGAGGAGCAGCGGCAGCCUCUUAUAUCGUCGCCUACUCUAAAGGCCCAAGCGUCUAGGUCUACUAUAUUGGGACCCAUCACCGAACGCCUUCGUACUCUCCGUUCUAUCCUAAAGAGCCAUCCCAGAAAUCUUACUCUUCUGCUGACCAGCUUCUUUAUCACGUCCCUCGCAAGCUCGGAUACUAAACUCUUAGCUCAAUAUAUAUCAAAAAGGUAUCAUUGGCCGUUCGCCUCGGCGGGGUAUCUUUUAUCUGGAAAGGCUAUCGUCAACUUUACGUUGCUUACCUUUGUAAUUCCCGCUAUUCUCAGAUCUCGAAGUUCGUCUAGCCAGUCCCAAUCGCUCUCGGAUCGAGACAAUGUUCGUUACGUUCGAAUCUGUUUGAUAUUCUCAGUCUUAGGCGCAUUGGCCAUCGCUUUGGCGGUGACGGUGUGGCUAUUAUUUCCAUCCCUUCUUUUAUACUCUCUGGGUGCAGCCCUUCCUGUAUUCACUCUUGGCCUAUUAAAGUCGCCAUCGGUGUCGCCAAAGGCGGGGGAUGACCCAACUAGCUCACCAGACCCAGAAGCGCACAUCUUCUCCAUUGUGAUGAUGGUCAAAACUCUUGGUUCGUUGGUGGGGGCGCCAUUGAUGGCAACCCUAUGGGUUCGGGGCAUAUCAACAGGUACCUUAGGAGUGCCUUACUUCGUGAGCGCGGCUCUGUAUUUGAGUGCGAUUAUUGUUUUUGCUGCAUUUAAAGUGCGGUGAGGCCGCGUGCUGACGGAUGGGACGGCAUGGUGGUGCCAUUUAGACCAAAUAUUUUCCAAGGUGCAAAAUGAUAAUCAUAUGCAAAUCAUGCAGACGCCAAGGCAACCUACCAUAACCUAGCUAAGGUUACUGUAGAUGCACGGCUUCAAUGUUGGCUUUAUGGUCAUGUUUGAAUUCUCCUUUAAGUGCAUAUUUGAGUAACAUGACUGAGACACGCAGGUUACUCUAGGUAUUGUCUGUCUCCCCGUUUGUGGUGGGACAACCGUGACGCCAUUGACUUAUCGAUCUACCAAUCAUAUAAUUCAAACAAGAUUAUACUCGAC